AUGUCCGCACCCACGCGUCAAGAGAUACAUUCGCUCUACAGAUCUUAUCUGCGCAUUGUGAGAGAGUGGCCAAGCGACAAAAUCAGACCCAACCGAGGAAUGAAGCAAAUUUUAGCCCAAAGAGUUGAGGAAACUUUCAGAGCACCCAAUACAGAGACCAUAGACAUGGACAAAGCUCGUAAGGAACUCGAUGCAUUAGAGAACUUACUGGACAAUACAUUCAAGGAAAAGUACCCCAUAUCAGACAAGAUCCUUACACCAGCAGGAAAUCCCAAUUAUUACUCAAAAUUAGUCUCAUCUUUAGAGGCAAACAAAGAUGGACAGAGGAGUACUUUACUGAAACUAUUUGGAAAAUAA